GAUCUACCUUGUUUUCAUGCACAAACAUAUCUACUUCUGUCGAUUAAAACAAGAACGGUCAUCAUCCCUCGGUAUCGUUUUGGCGAUCAAGGCACUGGGUGGUGGUCACUAUAACUAGCACGAAUGCCAUCGUCAUAUGUCAACCAAAUUUGCCUCUCACUCAUACAUAUUCUCUCCCAAUAUGACCAUAGUCUCAAAUGAUCCCACUUGGUGGCCGACCAUUAAUGCAGAUCGGUUUUCUAGCUAUUUUGUAGUUGCCGCCUUUGCUGGAGUGACGUAUGAUUGGGCACUUACAUUUGGACAAGAAGUCGAACUAAUCUGGAUGCAACGUUGGUCCCUAAUGACAGUCCUUUAUCUCAGCGUGCGCUAUCUUGGAAUCAUAUCUGCUGCCAUAGCCAUAUUGAGUGGUGUUCCGACCAUCUCGUUGACGGAUACAGUGAGCCGGAUCAUCUACGUCGUAAAUAAUUGGAUGAUUGUUUUGGUAUUUGCGAUGCUGUGGGUCAUCAUCAUCACUCGAUUGCAUGCCAUGUAUCAACAAUCCAGAAAGAUCUUGAUAUUUCUCAUUGUCACCUUCCUGGUUGUCAACAUUUUCGACGGAGUGGUAGGCGUAAUAACAAUGAUGCAUACUUCAGGAGAGGAAUUGAUUCUUUCUGAGACUUAUCAGUGUCAGAUUAACAAUGCGGAAGAUACCUUGCUUCUGUAUCUUAUCACCUGGAUACUUGCAACUGUGUGGGAGGUCCUCGCACUAUGUCUCGCAGCUUGGAUUGCUGUAAAACACUCUUGUGAACUGCGACGUCAUUCGGCGGGAGGGAUUAUCGGGGACUGUUUUACGGUGUUGAUGAAAACUCACUUGGUUUACUUUGCGAGCUUUGUUGCUGUUUCUUGCUUUGAGCUCACUGUUCUUUUAUCUCCAACAAUCUCACUGGACCAAAAUUCUCUAGAAGCUCAGGCUUUGGAUGGCUUGACUCAGAUUUUGACAGUCGUGCAGUCAUUUGUGCUGGGACCACGCCUGAUCCUUGGCGUUCGAGAGUAUCACGCUAAGCUCGUGGCCGACUCCGAUGCAGCAAGUGGUAUGACCUCAAUCGCUUUUCAGGAGCGCAUGCAUGUAUCGACUAGCAGUAGUGUGUGACACACGAGAUGUUAACGGUUAUCUCGUGCUCUGCAGGAAGCAGGAAAAUUUAGGUUUUGUCUUCAUUCCAACCCUAGUCGCACUACUUGGGCUUCAAAAUCAAUGCACAUAGUGAUUAGAAUAAAUAUUUCACGAGAUUUGACGAAAUACUUAGGUUCGAACAUGCCGUGCUUAACAGAUAUUGUAUAUUCAAUUGCGCAACCUUGGACUAGUACUAGAAGAUCGAAACAAACAUUAAUCAUGGAGACAACAACUUGAAGAGGACAUAUGAACUGCGAACCUGUGCGAAGAGCGCGUAGAGGGUGCGUGGUGAUAGCAGCAGGCGUAGAACAGUGACGACUAACUUAGGGGGUGGCGGGAAAUGAAUAGGGGUCCCUUGACCCAUGUGAGGUCCUAGAAAGGGAAGAAGAAGGG